AUGGACGUCUCGGGUUGCGUCGUCGAGUUCGACCAGGAGACGAGAGGGGAUGCCGCCCCCACUUUCUACCUCACCCAUGCCCACGCGGUCGAGAAAAACGACCCCCUCCCCGACAUCCUCACUGGCACAGCAAUCCCAGCUCUCCGCGCCAACUACGACAAGUUCCGCUGUGCAGCCUUUUAUUCCGACGUCAGCAUGGAAGCUGGAGGUCUUGUUCCUCUCUCACACGCCGCAACUUUCCUCGCUGGGGUUCCGUACAGCACCAUUCAGCAAACUGUAUAUGUUGUCCAGCCCGAGGCGCAUUGGGGUCUUCGUGCGCUGGUUUCACUGGCAUCGCUGAAGCUCGCCGAAACCACCCUUUCGCUUAGCGUUUACCACUGCAAUACAUUCGAAUCGACGGAAGAUGCCAAUUACAUGUACACCAAGACGCUUCUUUCUCCCCAUCGGCAGCCCCAUUCCAAGCCACAUCAUACACCAGUCAAUGACGACCCGGCCCAAUCGCACACUGUAUGCUGA